AUGUCAAGUCUUUUGACACAAGUAGUUCGUCGUCAGGCAUUAAUGAUGAUGCCUCGUCGUGCUGAAAGUUCUCUUAUACAAGCAGGUCCACCAAUAACUAAAUUGACGAAAACAGAAAAACUCACUGUAUUAGGUAUGUUCUUUCUUGUACCAAUGAUCUAUCCACUUUAUGUUAUGGCAAAUUUACAAAAAUAUAAUGGUUCAAAUCGUACAUUGGCAAAGAAGAAGAAGCAAAGUUCAAAAACCGAGAAGAAACAAUCUGGCAAAUAA